AUGGCGGAUGCAGCAGAGACGGCGCCCAUGCGUCCGAGCACCACUCCUCCUGGUAGUCCUCCAGCAAUGCCAUUCCGUGGUCGGGUCCUCAACAGUGGAUAUCCUGAGAUUCCUGCCAGUACCACUCCACCAGGAAGCCCACCAGGAAACCGUGCCUUCUCCAACGCGCUCUUCCGACGCCCGGUCCCUUUCAGCACCACUCCUCCGGGUACUCCGAGACGCUUUUCUACUGGCCAAGACAUCAAGGGCAAAGCGCGUUCCACCGACUCCGAAUCUCGUGGCGCAGCUGCGAACAACACCAAUGCCGGAAUGAACCCACGUGAGGCUGCCUUGGCCAAAGCCAUUGAGGCCCUGAAGGUCGCAUACGCCAAGAAUGUCCCUCUGAUCAAAGAAACCCCCACUUCCAGCAAGGCACCCGGAUCCGGUGGAGGCAACAACGAACCAGAGAAUACCAACAACCAGGACCACCCGCAGCAGGACGACCACGGCGAUCACCAGGACGAUGCUAGAGCUCAACAGCAUGGGACACGUGGUGAACGUAUUCCUGAUCGGUGCGCAACCGCAAGAUUACUGCACCCAUUCCACCGGCCAGCCGACUGCACAUCUGGCUAUACUCCUGCUCCUGGCCUCAGCCCAUUGCUUCUUCUAUCUGUGCAGCGUACCUUGGUAACAGCAUUGACUGACAUCUUUUUCCAUAAUAGUACCGAGGCUUUCCUUCUUGGACCUGGCGAGAAGCGAAUUGAGCUAAAAAUCGACACCCGUACUCCAAACACCGAGAUUUUCGUCUUCAACAAAGAAGACCACACUCUUGGUGGCUUGCUGGUGGACAAGCUCCUGAAGAACAGCCAUGUCCUCUUCGCCGCCUACCGAGUCCCACAUCCUCUUUUCGCCCGAUUCGAGCUUCGCGUGCAGACUGAUGGGGAGAUUUCACCGAAGGAAGCGCUCGUUGCGUCAAGCAGUGAGAUCAUUCGUGACUUCGAAACCCUCAAGACCAACUUCACCCGCGAGUACGAGUUGAGAAAGAUGGUUGGCAGCGCGGCACAGAACAAUGGCGCCUGA